AAUAAUGGACAAAGGUAGUAUUAUAUUCUCCGAUGAAAUUAUGACUCUGAUAUCAUAUUAAAUAAUUUGAAUAACCAUCUUACUAAAAAUUUAAGACCUUAAGAGACGCAUCAUUAAUUUAUCCGACCAACAAGCGCACAUAUUGGAUUAAAACCAACGUAUAUUAUAAGGAUUAUUACUAUGUAUAUAUAUAUAUAUCAGUUUAUACAAUAAAAAUUAAAGCUAAUGAAUCCUUAUUUGCGUUCUGUAAGCAAAGUCAACUUUUUAUAAAUUUCUAUAUAUAGAAGUAAACCCUACCAUUUCUCGAUCGACUAUAUUGGAUCCGGCGAUGGCGGCAGCCCCGACGACGUACAAGCAUUUCAGCCACGCGCACGCGCUGGCCGUCCACCACACGGCCCCGGGCUCCGACGUCCAUUGCUCGGGGUGCAAGUCACGCGCCGCCGGGUGCGUCUACGCGUGCUGGGCGUGCAACUACUUCCUCGACCAGCAGUGCUUCGCCGCCGCCCGGUCCAUGCUGCACCCGGCCCACCCGACCCACCCACUGACUCUCCUACCCUACCCCACCUACGCCUCCGCCUCCUUCUUCUGCAACGCCUGCGGCCUCGCCGGCGAUGCCUUCUGCUACUGCUGCUCCGACUGCGAGUUCGACGUCCACGUCCGCUGCGCCGCCGCGCACAACCCGAACGCCGCCGCCGGUUUGGGUUACACUCCUCACACCGGUUCGGCACUGUACCCUCCUCCGGUUCAGACCGGUGCUCUUUUUCCCACUCCCAUGUGAAAUUAAAUGUCCUUUUUUAAUUACUAACCUUAAUUUGAACUAUUGUAAUACAUAAAUUAGUUUUCUUGCAUUUAUUCCUAUAUAUAUAUAUAUGAUGCGAAGGAAAUUUGAUGAAAUCAUUAUCUAGCCAUUAUUUUUCAUUUAAAUUUAUUUUACAUAAUAUUCUCUUACAAUAAUGUACAAAAAUAUAUAUAUUUAAAGUGUUUCUUUUAUGAAUUUGAAAAAAAUUCAGUCUAAUUUAUUUUUUUACAAAAUAUAAUAUCAAAUUAGACUGAAUUUUUUUCAAUGCAAAGUCCACCUAAAAACAAAGUUUGGUGGCAAAAGAACAAACCUAUUGUAAAUAAUUGCAACUUAGCCAACUAUUGCAUUGCCCUUCACAUUCUGAUCUUGUUUGACAGAUUUUUGCAAGAUAAUGUCA